AUGUUAGACAACGAUUUUGCGGAUGAACUUCGACGGCAUCCGCCCGCUUCUUUGCUCAGCCAGCUACCUCUCGAUGAGUUGAACUCGUGGCUGACUGUCUCCGUUGAACAACCAGCCCUUGAUGUCAAUGUGUGCUGUCAAAAACUUCGACAAAACCGCGAAACUAUUUUCUUCGAUCCUCUCGGUGCUCUGACGGUAUCCGCAUUGUCGUUGCUCAAUCCUCCUACUGUAAAUUCUGCUCGCAUACCUAUACCAACUACUUCAUACGUCAAUUAUCAUAGACAGGCUAGGACACAUAUAGGUGAGUCAACGGAGGAGCUAUUUCUGCAAAUCUCCGGCUUUGUUUUUCGUCGAUUUUUGAUUCAAAGCGGAGCAAGACGCAAGCAGUUUUCUGAUUAUUCUGGAAAAAAAAGGUGCAGGUUAGCGGUGUCAGUAGAUUAAUA